GACCAGUAAGAAACAUUAACCAUGGCUAUCUCAAAGAACUUACCAUUAUUGAAGAACCACUUCAGAAAGCACUGGCAAGAAAGAGUCAGAGUCCACUUUGACCAAGCUGGUAAGAAGGCUUCUAGAAGACAAGCCAGAUUAUCCAAGGCUGCCAAGGUUGCUCCAAAGCCAAUCGAUUCUUUAAGACCAGUUGUCAGAGCCCCAACUGUCAAGUACAACAGAAAGGUCAGAGCUGGUAGAGGUUUCACCUUAGCCGAAAUCAAGGCUGUUGGUUUAACCGCUAAAUACGCCAGAACCAUUGGUAUCUCCGUUGAUCACAGAAGACAAAACAAGUCUCAAGAAACCUUCGAUGCCAACGUUGCCAGAUUACAAGAAUACAAGUCUAAGUUAGUUAUCUUUGACAAGAAGACCAAGGCUGCUGAAGUUGCUGGUUUCGAACAAGUUUCCACCGCUGCCACCUUCCCAAUUGCUCAACCAGCUAUUGAAUCUGGUGUCAGAGCCGUUGAAGUUCCAGAAGAAACUGCUUACAGAACCUUGAGAUUGGCCAGAAACGACAAGAAGUACAAGGGUAUCAGAGAAAAGAGAGCCAGAGAAAAGGCUGAAGCUGAAGCUGAAAAGGCUAAGAAAUAAGCUAAUCACAAAUAGUUUAUCAUGAUGAGGUGGGGAGGUCUUUAUAAAUAAUAAUAAGAAAUAAAACAUCCAUUUUAAUAUAUUUGCAUGUAUCAAUUAUAAAUAUAAGAAAGGGAUCUGUAAAUUAUUGUGGUUUUAUCUACAUUGUGUAUUAUACCUUCACUAGCUUUUUUGUUAUUGUUUUUAGAGAUGAACUUGCCUCAUUACUUUUGUAUGUUCUGGGUUUAUCAUAUUAAUGUGAUGUCUAUUUAAGAGUAUUACCUGUAGGUUUUCAGUAGGAGCAUUUCAAUGUUUUUCUUGUACGAGUACUAACAAGGAGAUUGCAGUGUGUAUAAUACGCUUCUCUACGUCAGAUACCUGUCUAUUCUCCAUAAAGUUCAAAACCGACUGCUCAUUGCUCGCUGCUUGCAGCUAAUAGUUCUACACUACUACUACUACAUUUUCAAUUAUUAUUAUUAUUAUUUUU